GAACCGCAGCAUAAAAACCCAGUGACGCUGGCCCCAAAAGUUUUAUUAUUCUUUCAGCAGCACAUGAAACGACUAGUGGAUAUUCAAUUCUCGACCAUCAUCAUGUCUAGUGCGCUGAGCUAUUACACGCUGUUUGUCGGGGUUGCAGUGAUCAUGACACAUUUAAGAGGGGCGGAAUCUUUCACUCUCAGGCCGAUCGCUUCCAGCAGCGCCAGCGUCAAAGAUUCCCACGAAAAGUCAACCGCAAUCGACCGACCGGAACGCAGACAACACACCCAAAUCAAAUCAGCUGAAGGUGAUCUGGCUGCUGCUGCUCCUCCUAUCGCUGAUGGUUAUGUGGGAGGACGACUAGUCACCCAGCGGUCCCCUGUGACGUACAAGCGUCGUGCUCAUUCUGACGGCCAUGUCCCAUCUGAUUCAUUUGACCUUAGCGAUAGCGACCAAGUGGAAGCAGUUGUCAGCAUCCAGAUCGUCAAACAAGAUCUCCCAUCAGCUGGGAUCGUUAUCGAGGAUAACAACAUUCACUCCCAUUCGGAAUGUAGACCACGCAAGAUUCAUCACCUGCCGGCCAAUCGAGUCCCACCACUAGAUCAGCAGUGGCAGCUCGUCAAACAGUUCAUCGUGAGCGACUAUUAUUUCGGAGAGCUAGACGAGUUAGCCAAAGAACAUUUUCUACAAAAGAUGUUGAAGGCUUUAAUUUCCCAGCAAAGUCAGAAAAAUUAGUACAAAUAUCGAUCCAGUGUGUCCGUUCACGUACAAAUGUGUGUCUUCCCUUGCAUAAUAAUAUUUAUGAAAUGUAUCGCCUUCUGGCGAUUUAAUUUAUAAAGUAUUGAAAUACAUGACUGAAAAAUA